AUGUCUUGCUACAGCGAGUCCUGCAGACCCUGUGGGGUGACCUGCCCUCAGCCGAUUGCCGAGAGCAACAAUGAGCCAUGUGUGCAGCAAUGCCCCGACUCCAGAGCCGUGAUCUUCCCCCCGCCGGCUGUGGUGACAGUCCCGGGCCCCAUACUCAGCUCUUUUCCUCAGGAGAGCGUUGUGGGAUCAUCAGGCCCAGCCUGGUUGGGGAGUUCCUUCAGUUCCCGAAGCUCCCAGGGCUAUGGGGGCUCCUUUGGCUUGGGGGGCUAUGGGGGUUCCUUGGGCUACGGGAGGUCACAGAGUUAUGGGGGCUCCUUUGGUCUGGGCGGCUAUGGGAGCUCCCUGGGCUAUGGGGGCUCCUCUGGCUAUGGGAGCUCCUUUGGUUUGGGGGGCUAUGGGGGCUCCCUGGGCUAUGGGGGCUCCUCUGGCUAUGGGAGCUCCUUUGGUUUGGGGGGCUAUGGGGGCUCCCUGGGCUUGGGGGGCUUCUCUGGUUAUGGGGGCUCCCGGGGCUAUGGGAGCUCCUUUGGCUUGGGAGGCUGGGGAGGCUACGGGGGCUCGCUUGGGUAUGGUCGUUGCCUAGGUUAUGGAGAUGACAUGGGCUACGGGGGCUCCCUGGGCUACUGGGGCCAACACGGGUCCAGCGGCUUUGGCAAUUGUGGGAGGUCCUACAGCUCGGGCUUCUCCUCCUGUGGCACGGGCUAUUACCUCCCUGGCACCCAGAGGUGGGGCAGGUCCCGCCGUGGGAGCUGCGGGGCUUUCUAA